AUGAUCCAGCAGCCCCUCGGUAAUCGCUUCUGCGGUGGAUCCCUAGUGUCCGCUAAUUACGUCCUGACGGCUGCCAGCUGCUUCCUGAAUCCCGGUGCCACGACCGUUCUGCUGGGUGCAUCCAAUAUGACCGUCGUUGAUGACAUUGUACAGGCGAGCGAGGUCACCAUUCACCAGGCGUUCGUCGCCAGUCAAAACCUUAACGAUAUAGCCUUGGUGCGGCUAUCCAGACCGGUCAUUCUGACCGAUUACAUCCGAUUAGCCCGGCUACCGAACUGGAGACAGGCGGAUUCUCAGUUCACCAAUCAACUGGCAACGGUGAGCGGUUGGGGUGCACUGGGCCAGAACGCCCAGGAGAUACUGCCACUGAACAGUUUGCAUCGUGUGAACGGUUCCAUCAUCACCAACACCGCCUGUAACCUGCAGUUCUUCGGUGGGAUCUCCGAUGAUCAUGUCUGCAUUGCCACGAGCAAUGGAUCACCCUGUCAGGGUGAUCAGGGUGGUCCGCUAACGGUACAGGAUGCAGACGGUGGCCAAACCGUCAUCGGUAUUCAUAGUUUCAUCUCGAAUCUGGGAUGCGAUCUGGAUUGGCCAGCAGUGUUUACGCGCGUCACCCGGUUCCUUGCUUGGAUCGAGGCCAACUCGGAUGUUAUCAUUCGACCAGAUUUCGAUUUUCUGCCAACACCACCAAAUGCCGUGACCACUACUACGGGUCCGCCACCACCGACGACGACGCUGGCCCCAGAAACGACGACCGUUGAUGCGACUUUACCUCCGACGACGGUCUCAGACACGCCAUUCCCACCGACAAUCGAACCUACGACGCUAACCAUUCCACCACCGCUAACACCGCCCGUUGUAACCAUAUUACCCCACAUGCCUCCCCAUAGAACUGGUCGUCCGGUCGUGCACUAA